UACAAAAUUUAUAAUGAAGGGAUUGCAGAAAAGAUAUACGCCAGGAACUUUUUCCCUUUGGGGUGGAAUAUGUGUAGAUUUGAAACUGUGCAAGAAAUUUAAUUCAACUCAAAUAUGUGCACAAUCCAUCCAUUGGACAGCAAUAACUUUAUCUAGUCCAACAUUACAAAGUUGGUCUACAGUUUUACUUUAUUCAUGUCGCAGUGAAUUACUUAUACAAGAAAAUCUAGAAAAUUUAAAAAAAAACAUUCAUCUUCAAAAGCAUUCUUUGGGACUCAUGUUUUCUUGUUGUGUACGUAUAGAUUGGAAGGAUAUGGAAGUCGCAGUAUUUAAAAAAGUAUUUCCAAAUGUACCUUUGAUUGGUCUACAUGGUGAUGGAGAAUAUGGUUUAAAUACUUUAAGUGAAAAACGCGAAAAUCUAAUGCAUACAUAUUCAACAAUAUUUACAAUUUUAACAUAUCAAUAAAGUUAGAUAAUUAUGAUCAAUAAUUAUGAUGAACUUUUGUUCGUGAUAUGAUGUGAUAUGGGCUGUAUGUUGACUGAUGCCAAUAAGGAUUAACAUAUAUUAUAUCUAUAAAUAAUUUUCUGAAUGUAA